AUGCACGUUUCGGACGAUCUUCAGACGCUUUGCUCGCGUGUUCACGCUAUUGUGCGGCGGCGAAAGGAGAAGAGAACGAUGCAGAUUUCUGCGCCGUUCAACUUUGAAAAGAACCCCGUCCAUCUUCCAGGUCUGUCCGAGGAGCAACUCGUCAUGUUCCGUGAAAAAGAGGCCGCCAGCCGAAUCGGCAUCGCAGACCCUUGCACACCCCCUCGAGCCCCUCGCUCUCCCGUCUCGACGUCGAGCCUCUUCUCCCACCCUGUCCGACCUCCCAUCAAGUCGGUCCUCACAUCCAACUCUGUUUCGUCGACCGAGAGCCUGCAGUGA